GAGGCUUAGAUACGGCUGUGCUGGCCGCUCCCAGUGUUUGGGGCUCUGGAGAUGGUGAGGGAAGCGCCUGUGGCCCUCAGUGAUGUGAGGAGAGGAGCAGGAGCCAUGUCUGGGUGUACUAACAUGGCCGCCGGAGGUGUAGGGGGCGGGGCUAGUGCUGACUGACCAGUGUGCCGGGCGGGGCCAGCCCUGUGACGUCACACCGCAAAGCAUGCUGGGAGAGGAAAACUCCAGGAACCUGAGGGAAAGAGGAAGUUCUGCUGGAAACGUCCUGUAAAGAGGCUCUGAUGUCCGGACAGCGGGAGGGAGAGCCCCGGCAUGAGGAAGAGAUCCAGUCAGAGGACAACACCAGAGAGAUGUCCGCGUCCUCUCCUUCCACAGGACGGUCAGGAUAAAGAUCUGGGCAAUAUUGCCUCAGAGACAGAUGUGAGGGGUGAUGACCAGUGUAAGGAGAACAUUCCUACAGAGACAGAUGUGAGGGGUGAUGACCAGUGUAAAGAGGAGAUUCCUACAGAUAAGAGUCCAGAUGACUGUACUUGGCGUAUGGAGAAACAUCUCGUAUCUACUAAUGCAGAUGAUCCAGGUGUCAUAUCAGAUACAUAUGAAGAGCGUGCCAUUAUCCCAGAUGUACCCUCAGACCUUCACAGCAAAAAUCUAUCAUCUCAUCCUUUAAAACAGGUCCAAUCUUCUAAUUCAUCACAUACUCCUACUCAGAAUGAAACUCACAGAAGAGGUUCUGGAACCCAAAGAAGAGCUCAGAAAAAGCCAUAUUCAUGCUCAGAAUGUUGCAAAUGUUUUACUUGGAAAUCAAGCCUUCUUCAACAUCAAAAACAUCACACAGGGAAGAAGCUGUAUUCAUGUUCAGACUGUGGGAAAUGUUUUACUAACAAAUCAAGUCUUGAAAACCAUCACAGAAUUCACACAGGAGAGAAGCCGUUUUCAUGUUCAGAAUGUGUGAAAUGUUUCAGUCGGAAAUCAUCACUUGAGAGACAUCAGAGAAUUCACACGGGGGAGAAGAGAUAUUCAAGUCGGAAAUCACUUGAGAGACAUCAGAGAAUUCAGCCAGGGGAGGAGAGAUAUUCAUGUUCAGAAUGUGGGAAAUAUUUUAAUCACAAAUCAAAUUUUGAGAGACAUCAAUCAAUUCACACAGGGGACAAGCCGCAUUUAUGUUCUGAAUGUGGGAAAUGUUUUUUCAUGAAAUCAGAACUUCUUGUACAUAGGAGAAUUCACACAGCAGAGAAGCCAUAUUCAUGUUCAGAAUGUGGGAAAUGUUUCUCUCAAAAAUCAUCACUUGAGAGCCAUCAGAGAAUUCACACAGGGGAGAAACCAUAUUCAUGUUCAGAAUGUGGGAAAUCUUUCACUCAGAAAUCAUCACUUGAGAGCCAUCAGAGAAUUCACACAGGGGAGAAACCAUAUUCAUGUUCAGAAUGUGGGAAAUGUUUUACUCAGAAAUCACCUCUUGAGAGCCAUCAGAGAAUUCACACAGGAGAGAAACCAUAUUCAUGUCUAGUAUGUGGGAAAUGUUUUACUAAGAAAUCAAUUCUUGAGAGCCAUCGGAAAAUUCACACAGGGGAGAAACCAUAUUCAUGUUCAGUAUGUGAGAAAUGUUUUACUAAGAAAUUAUCUCUUGAGAGACAUCAGAGAAUUCACACAGGAGAGAAACCAUAUUCAUGUUCAGAAUGUGGCAAAUGUUUUACUUUGAAAUCAAUUCUUGUGAACCAUCAGAGAAUUCACACAGGAGAAAAGCCAUAUUCAUGUUCAGAAUGUGGCAAAUGUUUUACUUUGAAAUCAAUUCUUGUGAACCAUCAGAGAAUUCACACAGGAGAGAAGCCAUAUUCAUGUUCAGAAUGUGGUAAAUGUUUUACUCAGAAAUCAUCUCUUGGUAAACAUCAGAGAAUUCACACAGCACAGCAAUUCUAAAUCCUUCCUGUAAAAUAUGCCAUGAAUUUCCAUAUUUUUUCUUGCUAUAGUUUUAUAUUGAAGCAGGAAUUAAAAGAAAAUAUCAGUAUAUUCAAAAAUGUAGUUACAGCUGUUAUAAUUUUAGAUCUUAAAGGGGUUGUACAAGAAUUAGGGGGUUUGGCAAACUCCCCCACUUUACUGGAUCUGUAAAGGGAAGAUUACUUACCUGCUUCCUGGCGCUGGCUCUCCGCUCCUUCUCUUCCAAGCCUGCAAUGCUCGGCUGGGCUCAUCUGGUUUGACCUUGCCACAGCCGACACUGGCCGCAGUGGAGACUGGAUCCCCUUGUGUCAUGUGACUAUUUGCCAUGACGUAAGGGAAAACGGUAACCAUGAUCGUCCAUGAAUUAUAGAAUACUAGACAUUAAGUCCGUUACAAUAACAGGUGCUAGAACAGUAGUGCAUAAACAGUAGGAACAGUCUAUAUUAAAUGGCAAAGGGAACUUGAUCACCCUGACUUGUGGCUGAGACUGCUGGCAGAAACU